AUGGCUGGCGCAUUAUAUGCUGUGUUUCAUCAGCCACGUGUGAAUUCGGAAGAAAAUCCGCGGUUUGUCGUCGAGCGGUCAAUUCAAACGAAUCCUAGCGUUGUGCUGCACGAUCAAAGUGUGCCUGCCCAAACUUUAACUGAAUAUUCUGAUGCACAAACUCAAGCCGUCUUCUUAGAAGAUGUACCAAUUUCCGAUGCUUCAGAUCGUUCAGAAAAUUCCGAACCUCCGCACAAUGGAGGUGUGCCCGAAGAGGUCAUUAAUGCGUGGCAGGGAAGUCCCCCUGAUCCCGAAGUCCCACCCCACCAGCCCUCUGGAAUAUGCUUCAUCCGACACGGACAUUCAACAAUUCCUGUACCACCUUCAGAUCGGACUCUUAAUCAGGAUUUACUAGUGACGACUUCACGACCUACAUUUAAGGUACAUUUGUGUUUUACCCUUUAA